UAUUUUGCCAGUCCAUAAACAAUGUAUUAAUAUAUUCACCGCAGCUUCUCAGAACAGAUGAAAGUAAUCGAAGAUGAAAUUGAAUUCGACCAGAAAAAAUGAUUUGAAUAAAACGAUCUAUUACGUAAGCAAUCAAUUUUUUGUUCUGCAAACUAAGUGAUCGCAGUAGUUUCAUUCGAGUUGGCUCUUUGAGAACAUCGCUAUGGCUGUGACGGUGUACUUGGUGUUAGCGUUUGUGGGGGCGACUUGGGCAUUUUCAGGUCAGUACAUCCCUAAAUCAUUCUACGUAAUCGACCACGAAGGUCACAGAUCAGACGUUGUGCCUAUUAGGACUCGGCGAGAUAUACUUAAACCUUUAUUGAGAUUCCGCAGAGGUUACGGAGCAGGUGGGGGAAGUGGAGCAAGUGCUUCAUCUCACGCCAGCGCGGGUUCUUCUGCUGGCGCAGGAGGAGGAGUGCCUUACUUCGGGGAUUUCGAUCCAGGCCUAGUCUUUCCUGACUUCACCAAUUUCGCCCAGAAUUUUCCAGCUGGAUUUGGUGGGGGUUCGGGGGGCGCCAAAGGGGGAGCUCAUUCUUUUGCCAGUUCCAGUUCAAGUAGUUCUUCUGGAACUGGAAGUGGAUAUGGAAAUCAAGGACACGCUGGGGGACUCGGUGCAGGACAAGGGGUGGGAGGACGGGGACCGGUUCUCUUCAGUCGAUUUGGAGAGGACAAAGGAACGGGCGUGGAGGUUUCUGGAGCAGCUCAAGGGCCACAAGGAGCUUUCAGCGCUUCUUCUUCAUCUAUUGAUAGUGAAGGGAAUAUAAAAUAUUCCGUUCAAUCUGGAAAACAUUGAUGACGCACAAUGGAAUACUUUGGAUAUUAUAAAUAGUAUAGGUUAUACAAUAAAUUCUCACUAAACUU